UCAGGGAUGUAUGUACAAAGUUCAAUGUUCAAAAUAUACUUGUUUAGGUCCAACAACAAGACUACGCAAACAAUUCUUUCGAUGGUUGCGUCAAGUACCUAUAGUUAAACGGAAGAUUCAGGAAAAGAUGGAUGAGAUUAAUAGGGACUUCCGCAAAGAGGUGACAAAGAGACUAUCCGGGGUGCCAGUUAGGAGAACGCUUCCGGCGAAUGGACUCACUGCUGAACAGGUUUCAGAAGAGGUCAACGAUCAUCUUAAUUUAGGAGCAUAUGAUUAUAAGAGUGGGAACAUCUCCGGAGCAGUAUACCACGUCAAUGAGGAUAUAACCAGAGUGGCGUGCGAAGCUUACUCACAAACAGCGUAUACCAAUCCAUUGCACGCUGAUGUAUUUCCUGGCAUCAAUAAGAUGGAGGCUGAGGUGGUACGGAUGGCCAUCAACCUUUUCCAUGGCGAUGACGAUUGUUGUGGCACGGUGACCACAGGAGGUACCGAAUCCAUCAUAAUGGCCUGUAAAGCGUUCCGUGACUUGGCAUACAGCAAAGGAAUAUCGAACCCUCAGAUUAUAGUGCCAUCAACGGUACAUUCGGCCUUUGAUAAAGCGGCUCAAUAUUUAGGGCUGUCGGUUAAAACUAUACCGGUAAACCCUGAAAGUAUGACUGUUGAUGUGGAAGCUGUGAAAAAGGCUAUUGGAACAAGAACUUGCUUGAUUGUGGGUUCAGCACCUAAUUAUCCAUACGGAACAAUGGACGACAUCGUAGCACUAUCGGAUGUGGCGUUAGAAUACGACAUUCCGUUACACGUAGACGCGUGUCUCGGUGGCUUCGUGGCUGCAUUCAUGCCAGCCGCUGGCCACCCUGUGCCUGUAUUCGACUUCCGGCUGCCUGGUGUUGCUAGCAUAUCUGCUGACACGCAUAAGUACGGCUACGCCCCUAAAGGUACGUCCGUGAUCCUGUAUCGACGCCCGGAGUACCGCCAUCACCAGUACACUGUUACUACAGAGUGGCCUGGAGGCGUUUAUGGGUCUCCCACUGUUAACGGUGCGUAUUUUCAUAUGUCCUACUAACAUA